AUGUCUGGGCGUGAAGGUUUACCGCAGGCAGCCGCGGGCCUGAGCGCACGGACGGGGGACACCUUAUUUAAAGUAGCGGUGGCGGAGCAGACUGUCCUUUACCAUCUGCACCAGGUUGCUAUUGUCCUGUAAACAAAGUGGGGCUAAGCUAGUGCGGUUAGCAUCAGCUGAAAGACUGGACCUUGUUCAUCGUGCCCGUGUUUGCUCAGAGCUGCAGGUUUUUGACAUUGGCACCACUCGAUGCGUGUGUUUUUGUUUGUGCUGCACCUUUUUUUUAAGAGAAGAAGCUGCUCAAUGCUUCGGUUCAUGGAGCAAAUCCCAAAGCACGCUGCAACACACAGAAAAACAUAGCUAGGACAAGAAAGAAAGUGUGAGAGCACAGUGUAAGAGGUGAUCAUCUUCUUCUUCUUCUUCAAAAGAAAGUUGUGUCUGCUGGAUUGGACACACUGAGUGGGGUGUGGUGUUUGUAUGGCCGCGUUUGACUGCAUGCAGAUUUAGGACCCUGGCCCUGAUGGAAAAGAGAGACAGGAAGCCGGGAUAUUUUGCAAGGCUGAAGAGGCGGAGGCAGCUCAAGCAGAACCAAUCUGAGAAGAAUGUGAACGAGCAGAAUCCGGCGAUCAUCUCCUGUCCAGAAGUCCCGAAUGACAGCGAACCCAACAAGAAGACAGACCUACAGAGAAUAACAGCAAAGCCACCUGCAGGCUCAGAUGAUGGCUGUAAAAGUAAAAAUCUAUCAAAGAGGGAGAAAAGGAAGCCACCGGGGACAGUGGAGUUCAUCGUUGGACCUAAUGACUCCCUCAAUAGCAUCGCACUCAACUUCAACAUCACCCCAAACAAACUGGUCCAGCUAAACAAGCUCUUCUCUCGCAGUGUCUACCCCGGUCAGAAGCUGUUUGUUCCCGACGUGAGCCAGUCAGAAGCUGACCUAAAGGCUCCGGGUUCCUCCGAUCCCUCCUUCACAAAUGGCGUAUCAGAAAACGUGUCGCACGAUGGCAUUUCAAACUGCAUGUCGGCAAAGGCCCUCCGGCGCGAGCUCUCUCCAAACUCAGAGGACGAGAGCCCGGCAACGGUUAAAUUCAUCAAGAUGAGCUGCAAAUAUUUCACUGACGGCAUGGGAGUGGUGGGAGGCGUGCUGAUAGUGACACCCAACAACAUCAUGUUUGACCCCCACAAGUCAGACCCCCUGGUGAUCGAGCACGGCUGUGAGGAGUAUGGCCUGAUCUGCCCCAUGGAGGAGGUCGUCUCCGUGGCGCUGUAUGACGACGUGUCUCGCAUGAAGCUCAAAGAUGCUCUCCCGUCAGACCUACCCCAGGAUUUGUGUCCUGUGUACAGGCCUGGCGAGUGGGAGCAACUGCCGUCAGAACGAGAUCUAAACCCCUUCAGCCGCUAUGAAGCCCUCGAUCCGAAGCGACCGAUCGUCUUGGACGACAUUGAAUCAACCCUCUCAGAAACUGGGAGCACAGAGUGCGAGCAGGCAGACAAGUCUCCGUCAGACGAAGGAUUCACAGAGUUGGAGCCUACUGUCAACGGGAGCACCGAAGAGCCGGAGGGAGCGACCUCCAAAACAUCCAGCGUUGUCACCGGGGACCAACAGGAGCUAGGACCAAGCUGCCCAGAUCGGGGAGACUUCCAGGAGAAGUCGAUUCUGUGUCAAACAAAAGGGAAGCUGGAUGAUGAAGAGGACGAGGGCGUAGCUCAGAACAGCUCCAUCGAGGAUGGAGAGUCUGUACAAUCCUCUUCAGAGACUGAAAAACAGAGUGAUAAACCUACAAGCCAAGAGGAAACUGAAACCAAAGAUAUGAAAUCUAAAGGGACCGAAGAGCUGCUAAACGGUGCACAUGAUAAGACGUCAGUGGACCAGAACAGGAAGUUGAGUCUCCUGGAGGUUUCGCAGGUUAAUGGGAACUCUAGUCCGAGGAGACAAAGCCAAGACAGACCGGCAGGUGGAGCUGAACUCAGUGAGGAGGAGAGACGGAAGAAAAGCUACGAAGCUGAAGUGAAGUCAUGGCUGCUGGAGAGGAUGCAGGCGCCAAUAGAAGACAUGCUUUUCUCAUCAGAGGAGAAGAGUAAAAACCCGCCUAUGUUCCUGUGCUUCAAAGUGGGAAAGCCAAUGAGGAAGUCCUUUGCCUCUGGGAUGACCUCUAGUCCCGCCCACUCAUUUGGCGGCCGGGGCAAACAGCCCGAGUACUGGUUUGCUGUGCCACAAGAAAGGGUGGACCAUCUGUAUGCAUUUUUCGUCCAGUGGUCUCCGGAUGUGUACGGGAAGGAGGCUCGAGAGCAGGGCUUCGUUGUGGUGGAGAAAGAUGAGCUGGACAUGAUAGACAACUUCUUCAGUGACCCUGCAUCCUGCAGCUGGGAGAUCAUCACCAUCGACGAGGCUAAGCGCAGGCAGAGUUUCGGCAGCUGUGACGGAGACCUGUCUGUGGAUGCACUGCCCAUGCUCAGUGAUACCAGUGAUCUGUUACAGGACACACACAUUGAGAAGCUCGCCUGUCGCCUGCCAGCCCGUGUGCAGGGUUACCACUGGAGACUGGCCUACAGCACUGUGAAACAUGGGACCAGCCUGAAGACUCUGUACAGGAACCUAGGAGACGUGGACAGCCCCGUGCUGCUGGUCGUCAAAGACAUGGAUAGCCAGAUUUUCGGGGCGUUCUCGACUCAUCCCUUCAGAGUGAGUGAAUACUGCUACGGCACAGGAGAGACAUUCCUCUACAGCUUCUGUCCUGAGAUCAAGGUGUACCGCUGGACGGGGGAGAAUUCAUACUUUGUGAAGGGCAAUACUGAUUCUCUGCAGAUGGGAGGCGGAGGUGGUCAGCUGGGUCUGUGGCUGGACGCCGAGUUGUACCGAGGCACCACCACCAAAUGCGCAACCUUCAACAACCAGCCGCUGUCCUCCCAGCAGGACUUCAACAUCCACAGUCUGGAGGUCUGGACCUUCGAGUAGCCUCACUUUGCUCCAGCUACUUUGACAUUCCCUUUUCGCUCCAAACCUUCAAACACCCCCCUCUGCCCUCCAAGUCUAUUACGCACCACUUGGAGGCAAAUCUAACUACCCUACACUAAAUGUUCUGAGAGCGGAGGCAGAAAGCAGCCUGUGCAGUUGUUACUGACAACAGAACGUGUGUUUUUUAGGUGGGUAUGACAUGCAGGUAGUAGUCAUCCUUCCUUUUUUUAAGGUGGAAGUUUGAGCCCUCAGUUCAUUGGUUUGUCUUUGACAUCCGGCAACGCCUCCGGCUUUCCCAGCAUGCAGACUGCCAUACCACCAUAAGCUUAUGAGGAGAGAGCGAGGACGAGGAAGGAUGCUGAUGUUACUGUCGAGGUUAAUCCUAAAAAGAGCUGAUUUUUAAGCGUGUAUGAAAGAAAGUGUCCCAUAAUGCUGUAGGUUUAAUUUGUGCAGAAAUUAUGGUUGAUGUGAUUUGUAUGUUUUGGGUAUGUAGAGGAUUAAGAACUGAAGAGGUUUAGAAUUAUCUAUCUUCUUUUUUUUUAAUGAUGCAAUGCAUUUCAAGCGUGAAGGAAAUUACCAGGGAAAUUAACGUUCACUGCGAGGAAUAUUUCUAAUUGUUUACAGUGGAAGUGUUGUACUUCCCCCCCGAGGUCCAUAUUGUUCUCUUAUUUUGAGUUUUAGAUGAGCUGAGUGAGAAUGUUUCAUUGCAUUUCCUCAUAACUACAUAUGAUGUUUUCAUGUCCCUGUACAAUCCAAAACGAGCAGUAAAACCAGGAAACGUUUGCAGUGACCAAAUAUGUUUUAUUUUAAUUUCAUAUUUGGUGUGAGCUCCUCGUCUUUUAUAAAAAUAUUUUAGAUUUCUUUAUUUUUACAUUUUAUUUUUACAUCACUUUUUUUUAUCAGUAAUGCUCAGUCGAUGUGUUUUUUUUAAUUAUUGUACUUUUUUAUAGAAAUGUUGUGUUUAAAUAUUUCUGCUUCCUGAUCAGACCCAACAAGCACUAGAAAUGACAUCAGUAUUGAAUUCACAUGGCACGUCAACUCAUUUUCAAUCUUCUUUUUUUUUAAAUUUUCAUUUGUGGUUGUUCAGAGAGACACAGCCACAAAAAGUUUAACAUGAUCUCACUUUGCACUACAGGAUUAAUUGACGGUUAACGCUGUGUCGUGGCUCCACGUAAUUAACCAUUUCUUCAGUGUAAAAUUGUUACUGACUGUUGUUAAAUCACCACUACAGGUGGGAAGCCCCCUGUCUGACCGCAGGUCAGCUUCUGUUUCACUUUAAAUGGGUGGAAAAAGGGAUUUUCUGUUUUUGCACUCUGGUAUGCCACUAACUAAAAUUUCAGAUCUACUAACAAGGAAAAUAAAUGAUAUCCUGUGUAUGUGACACAGGCUUGUAGUGCAUGAACAUGCGGCACCACAAACGUCUGACACCACUGUUAUGAUACCCGCCAUACUAUCCACUAAUGCCAGUUAUAGCUUCAUGUGAAAAUGAGCUUUGUUGUCUUUAGCUGUUCCGUGUUGUAACUGUGAAUGCUCCCAGAGUAAUUAUUUCUUGUGAAUCCAAAACUGCUGUGGUCUGUAAUAUCACUAAGGAUCUAUUUAUUGUGUUGUUAUGGCAGCCACAUGUAAACCUAAAUAAAUGUUAAAUAUAUACAAACAGUA